GAAAUUUUGCUCCAGAUAUCGGAUUUUGCUCCGGUUAUCAGACUUAUGAUACGCAUCUGCCUGCCUGACCACCCAGGGGACCCCGCCACUACACCUCUCAGUUUGCCUCUGUUACUGGUCAACCACACCAUCAUAUGAGAUAUACAAGCUCAGCAAGUCCAGCUACAUCUGCAGGGACUUUCGAAUCUGCCAAACCUUUCUCUGCAAUUCCUGGCCCAGUCAAUCUUCCAGUCAUAGGAACAUUGUUUCCAUACAAAAUAGGAAUCAAGAAAGUGCCAUCUUAUCAUCUUGACGUCUGCAACCUUUAUCAUAAAUAUGGGCCAAUUGUAAAGGAGGUUUUUGGUUCUCAACCCGUUGUUCAUUUAUUUGAUGUGGCUGAUAUUCGUGCUGUUUAUGAAAAUGAUGGAAAAACUCCUCAUAUUCCACCAUUACAAGAAACAUCACAAUUUUAUCGCCAGCAGAAGAACAUGUCACUUGGACUUGGAAAUCUAAAUGGUGAAGAAUGGUAUAAGCUAAGGCAUGCUGUGCAACAAAUGAUGCUGCGUCCUCGAGAAGUUAGUUACUACUAUCCUCUUCAGGAUAGUGUGGCCAGACGUGCUGUAGACAAAGUAACACUUAGUACAGAUGAUCAUGGGUACAUUUCUGAAUUACACUUCCUCGUUGGUAAAUGGAUCCUUGAAUCUGCAGGGAUGUGCUGCUUUGAAAAAUCUCUUGGUUGCUUGAGUGGCGGCCUGAAGGAAGAUUUAGCACAGAAACUGGUGGAGGCAAAUAAUGAAAUAUUUAAGCUGUCGGCUGAGCUAAAGUUUUCAUUGCGGUUGUAUCGCUACUUCAAAUUCCCAAAAUAUAGAAGACUUCAAACUAUUCAAGAUUUCUUUUAUGGAGUGUCAAUUAAGUUCAUCAGAGAGACGAUGGAUGAGAUCAAGGAUCUCAUAAAAGAAAAGAAGCUUGUAGAUGGCCAGUUCAACUUCCUCACAUACCUCAUGUCUCGUAAGGAACUCUCUGAGAAGGAUGUCAUCACCCUCACCUUGUCUCUCUUCUCUGAUGGUCUUUCUACAACUGCUCCAACACUUCUUGGUAAUCUUCAUUGUUUAGCACUGAAUCCAAGCAUUCAAGAACGACUCUAUGAUGAAAUUAAAAGUCACGUGGACCCAGAUGCUCCAAUAACUGUUCAAAUCAUCAACAAAUUGCAUUACCUUAAGGCAUUUGUUAAGGAAGUAUUUAGAUUUUAUCCAGUUGGUGAAGUUGUGAAGCGUGUCCUUCAGAAGGAUAUGCUUCUGAGUGGCUAUCAUGUUCCUGCUGGGACUUCCGUUGAUUUAAAUGCUUACAUUUGGUUACAAAGUGAUCACUAUUUCGAAGACCCAGGCAUGUUGCGUCCUGAACGCUGGCUUAGAGACUUGCCCGGAAGUACACACGUAGAUCCUUACGUCCACAACCCAUUCAGUAUUGGUACUCGGAUGUGUGCAGGUCGCAGGUUUGCAGAGCAGGAUUUGUAUGUUGGCCUGUGUCGAUUGCUGCUGAAGUUUCAUUUGGUGGCAACAAACAACACUCCACCACAGCAAGAAUGGAAUACGUUGCUACAGCCAAAGAUUCCCCUGCCUCUACAGUUCAUUCCAAGGAAUUAAGCAUUGAUGCAGUAU